AUGGAUCGCGGGGGGAGCGCGGGACCCGGCGCCGUCGGUAGCGCCCGCAGCCUCGGCCUCCGGAUCGGGCAGGCCGCCUGCUCGUCGGCGGCGCUCAUGUUCAUGUCCGUCGGCGUCGAGUUCUUCAGCUACACUGCCUUCUGCUUCCUGGUUACGAUCAUGGGCCUGCUGGUCCCGUGGAGCUGCACGCUCGCCAUGAUCGACAUGUACUCCAUACUCGUCGGGUGCCCGCUCCACGUGCCCGGUGUCAUGGCCAUCGUCGUCGUCGGAGACUGGGUGCUGUCGAUACUGUCGCUGGCGGCCGCGAGCUCGAGCGCCGCCGUCAUCGACGUCCUCCUGGAGUUCCAUGGAUCCCACUGCGCCCCGAGGCUGUGCGAGAGGUACCAGCUCUCCGCCAUGAUGGCGUUCCUGUCCUGGCUCCUCACGGCCGCGUCCUCCCUCUUCAACCUGUGGUACAUCGCCUCCAGGUGA